AUGGCUUUCGUUGGCGUCGCCGCUGCAGCGGUUGCGGGUGCCGUUGCAGCUGCUUUUACAAGCAAACGUACCCGUCAUUCAAAGCCCAUAUCCGCGGAUGUGGAGUUCCUGCUGACGCGCGCGGCGGCCCUGCAGCGAGCCGCACGAGGGUCAGAACCCCGGGGGGGCCCCGACGGCGGCGGCGGCGAUGGCAAGGAGGAGGUCAGCCUGGAGCAUCUCGUGGCGGCGCUGGAGGCCACACGUACGGCGCUGCAACCGUCAAAACUGCCAAACCCGUACGGCGGCCCGGGGGGAUCCCGGGGCCACCCAGGCGAUCCGGGCGGCGGCGGCGGCGGCGGCAGCGGUGCUGCUGCUGGCGGUGCUGCUGGUUCCGGAGCCUUGACGAAGAAGGAGCUGGAGGACACGAUGAAGACGCUGCUGCAGCCCCCCGGGGCGCUCAGUGGCCCUGACGCGGAUCUGUCCCCCCUGGAGCGAUUUACACAGGACUUGACCGAAGCAGCCCGGGCGGGGAAGCUGGACCCCGUCAUCGGCCGAGAUGAAGAGAUCCGCAGGGUGAUGCACAUCCUGUGUAGGAGAACGAAGAACAACCCGGUGCUGGUGGGGGAGACGGGCGUGGGCAAGACUGCGCUUGUGGAGGGGCUGGCGCAGAGGCUCGUGGCAGGGGACGUGCCGUACAGCCUCAUGGGCUGCCGUAUAGUGGAACUGGAUCUUGGUUCCCUGACCGCCGGCGCCAUGAUGCCUGGUGAGUUCGAGGACCGGCUGAAGGCGGUGCUCCAAGAGGUGGCGGCCUCCCGGGGCCGGGUGCUGCUGUUCAUUGACGACAUCCACAACCUUGUGCCGGCCAUGGGGCAACAGGGCGCGACCAUGCUGGACGGUGGUUCCCUGUUGAAGCCGUUUCUGUCCCGCGGCGAGCUGCGCUGCAUCGGGGCCUCCUCCACGGACAAGUUCAAGAAGACCAUUGAGAAGGACCCCGGGCUGGAGAGGAGGUUCCAGCAGGUGGCUAGGGGGCUGGGAGACCCUGUGUUGCCAGUGGGGGUGGUCUUUGUUGACCAGCCCAGUGUCGCGGUCACCAUCUCCAUCCUCCGCGGUCUGCGGCCCCACUACGAGCGGCACCACGGGGUGAGGGUGGGGGAGGAUGCGCUGGUGGCAGCGGCCCAGCUCUCGGCCAGGUACAUCGCGGGAAGGUUCCUGCCGGACAAGGCAAUCGACCUCAUGGACGAGGCCACGGCACAGAUUAAGAUGGAGAUGACUCUGCGGCCCAGUGCCCUGGACUCCCUGGAGCGCCGUCUCAAGCAGCUGGAUCUGGAACUGGCGCAGCUGACGGAGAAGGCGGCGGGGGGGGAGGACAAGACAGCGGCCACCUGCCUGGAGGAGAUCAAGGCCGAGCGUGCGAGUGUGGCGACCCAACGAGAUCAAGUGGCGGCGGUCUGGAAGGCGGAGCGCGAGGCGGGAGUUAAAGUGGAGGAGCUGCUGCUAAGGAAGCAGUACAUUGACAUGGAGGUGGCCAGGCUAGAGGCGGCCUUGGACAAUGGCGACGUCGAGGCCGACGGCGAAGAGGACGAUGAGGAGCGGGAGGACGAUGAAUACGACAUGGACGGCACGGCGGGCCCUAUGUCGAGCGGAAUGUACGGCGACGGGGAGCUCAACGGCCAUGGCGAGGGCCGUGCAGGCCGCGCCGGCCAUGCCAUGCUGGCGCGGCUCCGUACACAAGCUACGGAAGUUCAGGAGUCGUUGGCACGAGCGCGCGCGGCGGAAGCGGCUGGCGGCGGUGGCGGCGGCGGCGGCGGCGCAGCUGCGGGGCCUGGCAUUGGCGGCGGGCGGCUCGUACGACACACUGUUUCCGACGGCGACAUUGCCGCCGUCAUCAGUCGGUGGACUGGUAUACCCGUGACCAAGCUGGUGGCGAGUGAACGUGAGAGACUGCUCGGACUGCAGGACGAGCUGCACCGCCGUAUCAUCGGCCAGGAGGAGGCGGUGGAUGCGGUUGCGGAGGCGGUACAGCGCAGCAGGGCGGAUGUGGCGGACCUGAACGGGCCCAUCGCCUCGUUCAUGUUUCUGGGACCCACAGGCGUUGGGAAGACGGAGCUGGCCAAGGCUCUGGCCGCCUACCUCUUCAACACGGAAGAGGCCAUGGUGCGACUGGACAUGUCGGAGUACAUGGAAAAACACGCCGUGUCGAGGUUGAUUGGGGCACCCCCCGGUUAUGUUGGCUACGAAGAGGGCGGCAUGCUGACGGACAGUGUACGGCGCCGGCCGUACAGUGUCGUGCUGUUUGACGAGAUUGAGAAGGCCCACGUGGAUGUGUUCAACGUGCUGCUCCAGAUUUUGGACGAUGGCCGCAUCACGGACGCUCAGGGUCGUACGGUGUCGUUCAAGAAUACCGUCAUCAUCAUGACCUCCAACUUGGGGUCUGCGGAGAUCUUUGCCCGCGUGGCCCUUCGUGGGGACUCGAAGCCUCAGGAGCAGGGUGGCGCAGGCGAUGAUGGUGAUCGUGAUGGUGAUGGUGAUGCUGAUGGCGCUAAUGCAGCUGCGGACGGCAGCAGUGGUGGCGCUAGUCGCAUAGCUGAUCGGGCGGCGCUGAAGGAGAAGGUUAUGGAACAUGUGCGGAGCCAUUUCCGGCCCGAGUUCAUCAACCGUGUGGAUGAGUUCAUCACCUUCGACCCCCUACAGCCCGACCAGAUCAAGCAGAUCGUGGCGCUGCGGGCGCAGAAGCUCGUGUCGCGGUUGGCGGAGCGCCGCAUGAGGCUGCAGCUGACGGAUCCCGCCGUGGAGUAUCUGGCGUCCAGAGGGUACGACCCCGCGUACGGCGCUCGUCCAGUCAAGCGUGCUCUGCAGCGUGAGCUUCAGACGCUGCUGGCCCAGGCUCUCCUGCGCAACGAGUUCACGGAGGGCGACACGAUUACCGUAUCUGUACGGCCCGACGGCGCCGGCCUGGCGCUGUCGCGAAGUACGAAAGCCGACGGCGAUGUGGCGGCGAGGGAGCCGGGGGCUGGCGGGGACAGCGGCGCGGCGGCGGCGUCAGAGCAGCCGGCGGAGGGCGGCGAGGGGCAGGCGGUGAAGACCAGGAAGGCUGAAGAGGAGGAGGAGGAGGAGGAGGAAGAUCUGGAAACUGAGCCCAACGGUAAUUUGCCAACCGCCAACGGUGCUUCCAACGGUCAUCUCAACGGCACGGUCCACUGAACGUCUGUUGCACUUUUUAACUGCCGAGUCAGCUGUUUCCUGGGGGGGGGGUCUGGAGGAAGAGGGAAUCUGUGCAUGGUGGUGGAAGAGGGGGGAAAGGUUUUUGAGGAUGCUCAUGAGGUUUAGGCGCGCCAGAGAAGUGAGAUGGUGCUGGGCUGGGGAGUGACUUUGCAAGGAAAGGCUUUGCAAGGAAAGGCUUUGCAAGGAAAGGCUUUGCAAGGAAAGGCUUUGCAAGGAAAGGCUUUGCAAGGAAAGGCUUUGCAAGGCGUCAAUUCUCUGUCCCAACGCGAGAUAAAUAGAUGCGUGGAGUGGAAGGGGUUGCCCGAUAGGUAACCUCUGAAAAGCGACUGGAGAGCUUUGCGUGUGGCGAUCUGAGCGGCAGACCCGCCUUAGCCCGGGAUGAUGAUGAGGCGGACUUCCGUGAGUACGACCACCGUUACCGUUCAACUGCUUUUGGUCUUUUGGUUUGGCGAGUUUGGGUGAGAGGGGGGGAGUAAGAGGGGCAGGACUGCCGGGCCGUAAAAUUUUACUGCAGAUCCGGAAGGAUCGAACCCGACGGCUGUUGGCGGGAAUAUGCGCUGAAGAGGUGUCCGGAAAGAGAUGGGUCCCUCAAUAAUUGCUUCGGUGAAAUUGCUGGUGGUUCGUUUGGCUUUUUUAGAAUAAUAAGGUAUGUGAGGUGACGCACGGAUGGUUGGAGUGUGGGGUCUGCAUUCGCAUUUACGGGCACAUUCGCACAUUCUGUCGUCAUGUCCGUGUGUUGCCUGUACGUAUGUCAGUUUCAUGCGUCUGAUGUCGUCGACCUGUAUGUACGUCAUGUAUGUGUCGUUUGUGUCUCAUCCGUAGGUCGCAGGCAGGCAUCGCCAAGGAAGAGAGUGUCGGAUUUCCGGGAGCGCAGCAGAAGCGUGUUGUUUACCAUGAAGAUAAACAACGCUGUUUGCUGCGUUGCGUUGAUUGUGCUCAUAAAAGAAGAACCCGCGUGCCCUCGUGUAUCAAGGCCAAACUGUGUAAUGGUUUUAGCGGUGUGCUUGUUUUAGGGCUCUGUAUGUGUGUGUGUGUGAACCUGAGUGGCAAAAUGGCGGUUCCCAAAACAAGUUUGCACAAAUCAUGCGCGUGCUUGCGGUGGCCAACACACCAAAACGCUGUCCGUCGAGCAGCUUUUGGACACACGGCCCCUCCCCCCCCCACACACACACCUGUGCCUGUGGAUGGUAAAAUGUGGCUUGGUAAAACCUCAUCCCCUGUGGAAUCUUUCCUAGGCGGCGUU